GAUCUGUUACAAAAAUCAAUUAUCAAUGCUGCUACUAAAACAAUCUCCAACAAAUAUAUUUCACAUCAUGCUCGAGACCUGUAUCUUGCAAAAGAAGCUGCAAAGUUUGGAAUGAAAUUAGAAGGAUCCUUAAUAGAUAAAAAAUUUAGAGAAUCUUUUCGAAAUGUUUAUAAAAUAUAUCAUAAUUAUGGCUACGAUAGUGGAUUAAGUUCAAAAGAAUGGUGGUCCAAGGUGAUUGAAGCAACAUUUAUCGAAGCUGGAAUUGAUAAAAGAGAUUUAUUACCCAUCUUACCAAUGUUGUCCACAAAUAUAUACAAAAAAUUUACAACCUCAGAAGCCUAUGAAUUAUAUGAUGAAACUGAAUAUGUGUUAAACGAAUUACAUAAUGUCAGAAAAAUUAAAUUGGGGGUCAUAAGCAAUUUAGAUGAAAGAUUAGGUAUUGGUAAAUUUGGUGUUGAAAAACCAGAUGUUAAAAUAUUUAAGAAAGCCUUAGAAUUGGGUGGAAUUAAAGAAGGGAAUGUUAAACAAGUAUUACAUAUUGGUGAUGACGAAGUUAGAGAUUAUCAAGGAGCAAAGAAUAUUGGUAUAAAUGCAUUGUUGAUAAAAAGAACUGAAGAUACAAAUUCAAAAGAAAUAAUUAAAAAUACUCAACCAAAUCAACAAGAAAAACAUCAUUAUGUUAUUCAUAAUUUAAACGAGUUAUUUAAUUAUUUAUAG